AAGUAAACAUUUUCAUGUGAUUUUAUUGGAUUUAAAAAAAAAAAUUGCUUUGUGAGAGAAAAAUGAAAAGAAAAGAAAAUCGCUAUGAAACCUGUCCAUUCUCUAAAUAGGCCGCUGUCAAAGAAAAUGAGAAAUUUCCCGCUUUGUCGGAUUUAGGACAUUGGGAAAAGGAAUUCGCAAAUCUGUCCAUUGACAACUAUAAUUUACAGCUUAAAAAAAGAACCUUUGAUUUUCUUAUCUUAUUGCGACUAAUUUAUCUUCCAAAUUCUUCGUUGUCUUGUUCCAUUAUCUGUCUUGUCUCCUAUGAGGGGAAAAGGAAAGCAGUUUCGAUGAAGGAAAUUUCGUAGCAUUUUCAACCCCUUGCCACUUGCUUGCAAUUAAGUUGGCCUUUUUCUAUUUGAUUUCUCCACUCUGCAAUGUAAGCUUUAUAAGCUAAUAAUGAUAACAUGUAAAGAUUCAAUCUUCAGGAUUCUCAUUAAUUCAGAAAUUUUAUUCUAUUUUGUGUUUGUUUUUUUUUGUAUUUUCCUUUAUUUUUGGGUUUGGGUCUUUCAUGAUAUUGGGGGUUAGAGAAAGUAUAUGGUCCAAAAUGGGUGAUGGGUUGUUUUGAAAUUGAGCAAUAUUUGAAGUAAAUGAUUAGAGCGACUUGUUUAGAUGGUUGGAUUGGCGGCAAUAGCAGAGUUAUUUGGUGGAAAUGCCGGAACAGAGGAAUUGGAGGCCUUUUAUCCCAUAAGACCCGAUUGCUUAGCUGAUAUUCCAAAGACCCGUUUUAGGCCUAGGGUUGGGAAAACUCUUAGUGCAAGAAGAUGGCAUGCUGCAUUCUCUGAAGAUGGUCAUCUUGAUAUAGAAAAAGUUCUUAGACGGAUCCAACGAGGAGGUAUUCACCCUUCGAUCAAAGGGUUUGUCUGGGAGUUCCUUUUAGGUUGCUUUGAUCCUAACAGUACCUUUGAUGAUCGGAAUCAGCUCAGAGAGCAAAGGAGGGAAAGGUAUGCUAUGUGGAAGACUGAAUGCCAGAAUAUGGUGCCGGUCAUUGGUAGUGGAAAGUACAUUACUAGACCAAUUAUUACUGACGAUGGCCAACCGAUAGAAGGUGAAGAUUGUCAUGUGACAAGUGCUGUUUCAGACAAGAAAGUGGCACACUGGAUGCUUUUCCUGCAUCAAAUUGGUUUGGAUGUUUUUCGAACCGAUCGAGCACUUGUGUUCUACGAGGAUGAAGCUAAUCAAGCAAAACUUUGGGAUAUUCUUGCUAUAUAUUCAUGGGUAGAUGAUGAUAUUGGUUAUGUUCAAGGAAUGAAUGACAUUUGCUCUCCAAUGGUAAUUCUUCUUGAAAAUGAAGCCGAUGCAUUUUGGUGUUUUGAGCAUGCAAUGCGCAGACUGAGGGAAAACUUUAGGUGCAGUACAAGUUCAAUAGGUGUGCAAUCCCAACUUGGUAUACUUUCACAAGUAAUUAAAACUGUUGACCCUAAGCUUCAUCAACACCUUGAGGAUCUAGAUGGUGGGGAGUAUUUGUUUGCGUUUCGCAUGCUGAUGGUACUUUUCCGGAGAGAAUUCUCCUUUGUCGAUGCCCUGUAUCUUUGGGAGGUUAUGUGGGCAAUGGAAUACAACCCUAAUAUCUUCUCGUUGUACGAGCAACCCGAUGCAGCUCUAGAUAGCAACAGUACACAAACAUUACAUGCAAAGGAGCUAAAACGGUACGGUAAAUUUCAAAGAAAAAAUCUGCAGAAUGGACACACGGAUAAAAACUGUGCGCUCUCGGUUUUCCUUGUUGCAAGCGUCCUCGAGACCAAGAAUAGGCAGAUUCUAAAGGACGCUAAGGGUCUCGAUGAUGUUGUGACGAUAUUGGGUGAGAUUACUGGAAAUUUGGAUGCUAAGAAAGCAUGUCAAAACGCACUGAAGAUUCAGGACAAGUACCUGAAAAAGGCUAAGAAAUCAUAGGUGGAAUGUCAUCAAACAUCAAUUUUUGUACUUCAAACAUUUUUGUGUCCAUUUUUUUCUUCCAAUAUUUUUGAACUUUUACCUUUCAUAUAUAUAUGUAUGUAUGUAUAUAUAUAAUUUAAAAAUAAAUGGAAUAUUUUUUCUUGUAAUGCUUAA